AUGAGAAACAUACCGGGGAUGUCAUCGAUUGAUGUUAAGGGUCGUGAAUUGAACGGGUUGCCGCCGGCAUUGGUUCGGAGUUUGCGGGAUUCAGCGGGAAACUGUUUGUGUCAUGUGGCUUGUUUGCGAGACCAUUUGCCCCUGCUCCAGUGGCUCAUGGAGGUGCACUUGCAAACCACUUCCUUGCUGGACUCCAACAAGGAAGGCGCCACUCCUGUCCAGAUUGCCAUCAAGGGUCGUGAAUUGAACGGGUUGCCGCCGGCAUUGGUUCGGAGUUUGCGGGAUUCAGCGGGAAACUGUUUGUGUCAUGUGGCUUGUUUGCGAGACCAUUUGCCCUUGCUCCAGUGGCUCAUGGAGCUGGGUCACUUGAAUUGUGUGAAGUGGCUGCUGGAGAACACCGAGACGAGAGAUUUACUCUUGCUGAGCUCCAAGUCCAAGUCCUUGGGGAACCGAUCGCUUCUGCACAUGGCUGCAAAAUACGGACAGGGCGGUUUGGUCCAAACAAUUGGACUCAUGAUGAAGCAACACGGAUUGGAUUUGGACGCUCGGGACUCGAGAGGCGACACGGCAUUGCAUUUGGCGUGCAAAAAAGGACAUUUGUGCGCAGUUCAGGCCUUGCUGAAGCUCGGUGCUGAUGCCUCUACGAAUAAUGACAGAGGUCAAACGGCGCUGGACCUGAGUCUGCAGAGUGGCCAGAGAGUGUGUCGAGACUACCUCACUCUGUACAUGGCCAGCUUGUCAGUGUGUCGGGACAUGGUGCAGCUGCAAACCCAGGACAGGCUCAUGCGGGAAACUGCCGACCAGGCCGUGCGGGUGUCCAAAGAAGUCGUGGUGGCCGGAAGGCGGCUGCAGGCCGACAGGGACGACCUUUUUGCCCAACUUCGCACCCUGCACGACCACGUGACGUCCCUGCACGAACGCAUGAUUGUGCAGCUCAGGGUCUUGCUGCAGGACAAUGCUGGGCUCAGAGCCAGGCUCAAUGGACACGGGCUCAAAGAUGGGAGACACCUCGAGGAGGAAGUGGAACAGAGUAUAGAAAUGUGCGAAGGUCUGUUGGACGAUUGGCGGAAGGAAGAAGACCUCUGGACCCACCGGUCCCCAAACUGGAGAGAACUGCUGAAAAAGCUGCAAAUGGCGGAGGAGAACCUCGCGGGGUUGGGCAACUCGUCUCCGUUCCCGGGUGUCAUGACGUCAUCAUUGUCGGCGUCGACAGUGACGGCAGCUACGUCGACACCGUUGUCAUCGUCAGUUCAUCAUCCCUACAAGUCCAAGUCCAGCAGUGGUGGGAAAUCGUAUUCCCCGUUUGCUGUCACUUCUCAACAACGAUUCACUUCCUCUGGCUUUGGAAUCUCUCCUGAUGAGCUUUUGAGGUCGCAAAUGACGCACGUGGAACGCAAAUACGUCAAUUCCGCGUCGCGUGAAAAAUUGAAACGUUCUGAAUUCAGCUUUGGGAAGGAUUCCUCGGACGAGUUCUUCAUCCCACCGGGUUUCGAGGAUUCUUCAGACUCUUCCGACUCUGUGGUGCGUCGGUCCCGUCGCGACCAGCACCACAACCAACAGCAGCAGUUCCACCACCAGCACCACCACAACACCACCUCCACCACCAGUCACCAUCACAACAGCAACCACCACCAUAUACGAAGUACCAGCAGCAGCAACAACAAGAACCACCAAAUUGGCAGCAGUGAUUUGGUGAAAGAAGAAAGCAAGUUGGAUCAGUUGCUGGGAUCGAAGCAGUUGUUGUUGGGUCAGUUUUUGCACCACGAACUCGGGCCCAGGGGUGACGCCUUUGACGACAGUCGGGAUGAGGAUGACGACGAGGAGAAUGUGCAUUCCCGGGCCGCGGGGUAUUGGACAGAUGGGAUUUAUGCGUCCACCCCGGUUCGGAGGGGUGUGCGGGCGAGGAAGGAUGCCCAGUUUAAGGGUCGUUCGUGGACCAGUGACUUGGAAGACGAGGCUGCGGUGUUUUCUUCUCCACUAGGAGCCAAGAAAAGGGCCUUUUCCAACAAAAGCCGGUCCGGUGUAGUGUCCUACGCUCUAGGCAACGAGCGAAUCAGUCUUGCUGCAGCAGGCAGAACAUCCCUGCACAAAAGCGCCACGAGUCUUAUUGUCGCAUCAACCACAACACCCCCAGCCAACAACGCCUCCUUCUCCAACAAUCUGGCAGGAACAGCGACACUGGGCAGACCAUCGCAGUUGUUGAGAAGGGCCAAUGCUUCUGGCGCAUCAUUGUCUAAUACUGCAGCAGUGAAUAAUGCAAGAACCAGAAGCAAAGAGUUUUCUGACAUAGCUUCUGAAAUUUCUGCAUUGCAUAGUUUGUCUGGUCAUGACCAGGGUCAGCAACAGUUGCAUAGUGAUCAGCAAAAGCAAGAAACAGUGAUUCAGCCUCAGCAUGCGCGUCAGAAUGCCAUGGCUCACAAUGUCCACCCACGGUCUCCGCACAAUGACGUGAAUGCCAAGCUGAAGGCCAUGAAUCUCAUGUCAAAGAGCAGCAAUUGCUCUGUGCUUGAGGUGAUAGAGCCGCCAUCUACUGGCACCAGCGACAAUGAGCCUGGAAACGACCCUGAACCAGAGUAUGAAAAUGCUGUUGCUGCUGUGGUCAACAAUGCCAGAGGAAUCACUAUUGAACCCCUGGGAAGACUUCCUCCCCCGCCACCAAAUUUUCAGGAAUUUGAUGGGUACCAGGAAGUGGGACAAUCGUUGGUUGAGCAAUUGGUGCAGCACCAGAGGCAGAAAUCAGGUCAUGGGCAAAUGUUGGUCAGUCAGCAUCGGGCCUCAGAUCACCAGAAACUCGUCAUCGGCAACGGAGACGUUUGUGGGACAAUUUUACUUGAGAAUGUGUCUCAUCAUUCAACACCAAACACGGGUGCUGGCCACCAACAAAUGCAACAUCACGUCACAUCCAGCAAAAUUCGCUCAUUGGUUGACAGGUUUGAAGCGCAAACCAGCAGCGGUUCCAUCAGUUGCGAGCCGGACUUGAUAAUCGGAACUCGACCGUCUCCAGUGAGCAACCAGCAGUUGCAGCAGCAGCAGCAAGAAACGCCGUUGUCAUCAAGGCCAAUUAGCCGUCGGUCAACAACGGCGGACUCGUCAGAAAAUGAGUCGUCCCACACACGGCCGCCGUCCGCAAAAAGUCAUCAGGUGUCGGAGGACCUGAGCUUAUCCGUCGGCAGUUCCAUGAAUGAAGACAGUGAUUCCAGAGUGGAUCAGAUUCAGCAGCAUCCAGCAGUUGGCACAAGUGCAGAGUCCUCGAGCAAGAAGCGCGGGUUUUUGCAAAAGCUGAACCUGAAGGCCAGAUGGCCCAACAAACGGAACAAGGAAAAGAAUUCAAAAAGAGAAUUGAGCCCGGAAGAAUUUCGUGACACUUAUGGGGGCCGUCAAUCAUCAAGUGAUCAAUUGUCAACUGAUUCCCCUGACGGACGACGACGUCACUCUCAAGAUCGUCACCAUUAUGACAAGGAUCACGACGACGACACAGUCAUUCAUCGGUCAUCUGGCAACCAAAGCUCUUCAAUCUCAUCAGCAGAUACUGGCGUGCUAAAAAAUGUGCAAGCCAAACACGCGCAAAUGCAGCAACGCCAAGUACAGGGCGACGCCAGCGUUAGAACCGGAGAACAUGUACCACAGAGUUAUUUCCAGGUUGGAGUAGAUGUCGUUGCCAGUAAUUGUGGUAAAGGAGGAGCCAAACCCCUGAGUGAUACGGUUUUAACGCUGGGACAAACACUGGUGUCUGAAGACGAAGACAUGGCUAUGAAGGAUGUGAAAAGUUUGGAAUUUUCUGGCCCCAAAGGGAAUUGCGAAGUGAACAGCGUUGUGAACUUGGCCUUGGAUUGUUCAGAUUUGACUGCUGAUCCGAAUAAUGACAGGAAAAAAGAUGCCUUAGCCGGUAUAGGCAAAAAAGGACGAGGUGGAACAGCUUUGCCGCAAAUGUCGAUGCUGACCAAGUCUUCUCCAGAUUUGAAAGCUCAGCUCCAUGCAGAAAUCACAAGUGUGGCAACGUCUGAGGAUUCAGGAAUGGGCAUAGGGUUCCAUCGUCCGGGCUCAUCGGCCUCAAAAUCCGACUCCUUGUCACGCCCGGGUUCCACCUCCUCUGGGCCUGGGUUCGCAUUCCCGCUUCGCAAGGCCUCAUCAGUGUCGGUAUCAACGGACGUGCUGCACCCUGGCGGAGGCACGGGCAGUGCAGGCAGCGGCUCUGGAAGCGCAGGGGGCCCUGAUUAUGGCAGUAGUUCUGGCAAGAUGUCGCCCGCUCCAUCUGCCACGGAAUCCGCACUGUCCCCGCCAUCUGACGUGUCGAAAACCGAGUCUGCCAGGCUGUUGAACUUGCAUCACUUGAGUCGGAUAGAGGAAGUGAAUACGGGGAAUGGUCAGCAGCAGUUGAGAAGCAGUCCUGGGAAUGAAAUGGCGGCGCGCAGAGAUGAUGAAAUGUGCGAGGAUAUUGGAGAAUCCAGGGGAUUGGAAGCGUUGCCACCGGGGGCUGGGAAUGCCGUUGGUAAUGCUGUUGCCGUCAGUUUAGGAAAGCCGCCGGUGAAACCGAAAACGUUCCGUAAAAAGGGCGAGGUUUUCAAGGUCACUAUCAUGGAGGACACCAGGCCCGAAAAGAAGUCGAAGGCGGAAAUGAAAGCAAGGCGGAGAUCGGAACGGAGACCCUGGUACGAAGAAGUGUCAGAUGACGACGGCGACAUGAUUUCCAGAGGGCCUUUGACAACUAUCGUUCCAGUGCAUUCGUCCAGUUCAAGCGGAAGUGAACACAGUUUCUCCGAGGACGAAGCAGAAGGAAGUGGAAACUGUGGCGGUGUUGACGAUAACGAAUCACGUUUGUGAAACAGCGGCGGAAAAACAAAGAAAGAGGAGAAAAAUCUCGGAUUUCCCCACCAAUACCGCGCUUAUUUUCACCCACCCCCCAAAAUUUAUUUGUGAUACGAAUUUUCGCUCGUUUCCUUCAAACCACUCUCACCGCACCCAUUUUAUCUUUCGCUCGGAAAGCUGUGAUAUUGUUUUUUUUUUGUGGGCUUGAUUGUGCGUGUGGGAAAGUCGAACUUGCCAUUAACCUCUUUGCAGAUUUUAGCGCAAGGUCAAAAUUCCUGCUCUGAGGUCUUAUGCGAGGGAAAAAAAAAGUCUCCUUGGGGAAACCAUGAAAAGUUCCCGGACUGUUGAAGAGGGAAAUUGACCUCGCUGGUAUCUUCUCAGGAGUAAAAUUUCACCAUGUUUGAAGGUUGGUUGAAUUGGACCAUUUUGUUUUGUGUGCGGAACAACGACUACCUCAGAGCGUUCAAAUUUCAACGCUUCUAGAGCAAACACGAUGUAUUUUUUUCAUACGAAUCCUCUCAAUCCCCGAAAGGAGAAAUGAAUUUUGUUUUGCGUGCACUAAAAUUGAGUGAAGUGUUUCAGAAGAAACGUAUCCGUCCGUCGAAUGAAUGCACGUCUCGUGCGCGUUUCUUGUGCCAAAAUGGUUUUUUUUGUUGUUGAAGAAAAUCGCAAAAGAUUUUUCUUCUUUGCUCUCUGCGAGUGGGAUCGGAUUCGCAGAGUCAUGGAUAAUUAUAAAAACGCUCUUGAUUUGAUGAUGAACUAACCAUGGCGUUCAGCUGAUGAGGGAGGAAAAAGAAAACGAAGAGUUUUGGAAAGCCGAUACACA